AUGUUAUUACCAACGUAUUAUCGACGUAUUAUCUCUGCUGACACGGGCGUCAAAGUCACCGAGAAUGAUGAACUUGUCUGCGCUAGACACGGCCGAUAUGAUGUCCUUCCGAUCCUCGUAGAAUCUGUCUUUCACCUAGUCAAGGUUAGUCAUAGUGGGGACGUACGCGCUGAUCAUUGUGACGAAAUUCUUCCUGGAGAGUGGGAGGCGGCUGGUUAUCAGGCUACCAUUGACCCCUUUGAACAAGCCGCCAACAUAUUGAGCAGGGUACCAACGGAAACAGAGGUUCACUCAUUCACCCCCAUACAGAUUCUGAGAAAGAGGCAAUUCUAUAUUCUCUGGUUUAUUUGCGUACUCAAUGGUCAAAGCAUUCUCUUCAUUGCCGGCCUUUACAAGGCGUAUGGACAAACUUUCAUCCAUGACGAUCACUUUCUGGCGGUCGUUGGUUCGAUUUCAGCCAUCGGUAACACGUUGGGAAGAGCUCUAUGGGGAAUUGUUGCGGACAAAAUCGGAGAAAAAAUAAGUUUAUUGAUCUUGGCAAUUUUACUGACAGCUUUACAAUGUUUGAUGAAUCUGUCCGAAACAAUCGGUCGAUAUUAUUUCUUGUUCAUCGUUUUCUUCAUCUUUCUCACUGGAACUGGAACGUAUGCAAUUCUUUCUUCGGCGACUUUUAAAUGUUUUGGGCCUAAAUACUACUCAACAAACUUUGGUCUUAUUUUCACCUCCCAGGUAAGACGCUCCGUUACGAUAUUAUUUUUUUUACAACGACUAAACUGUAAACGGUGUUAG